AUGGUGCGUGAUAGACGAGGCUCUUGCUGCGGAGUGACCGGGAUGAUCCUUGUCUGGCUCAGGAUCCUAUGAUACAACAUCGCUGAGAUCAAGUAUGGAAGCUAUCUAGUCCAAGCCCCGGUGGCCUACUUGAAGCGGCCCCGAAGUCUGACGGCGGUCACGGUAUGCCGGCGAAUCGGGCCUCGGGCAUCUCGCCCAGUACGAUCGGAAUCAUCGGAUUCCUUUUGUCAUGGUCGCUGCAACUUGAUGCAGCCACACUGUCCCAGCUGCUGAAUUCUGAGCUUCCGUACCUGCCUUGGAAGCUGCCAGUGGUGUUGAAGCAUCUCCUUCUAGUCAUCGCUCAGCGAUGUUGUACUGUUCAACUUCACGAUCCUGUGAUAGGGAUGCACUGCAGCUCAAGGCAUCAUCUCGUCGCACACAAGACGCAGCCGAAUCGCCUCAGAUCAAACCCAGGCGACAUUGUGGGCUUCGAGCGGCAAAGCGACACACGAGGGACCCGGGGCGAACGCUCGUACCGCCAAGAUAGGCAGAUGCGGCGCCGCGAUUGGGCGCCUCGAGGUACCCGGUGUGCAAUUCUGCAUGCUGAUUGGCUGGAAGGAGCGAAUCCGCACACGGGGGCCUGGGCCUGGCUGGGCAGCACUGGCGUCGAGCGUGUUGUUCCUGAACAGGACGGUCGCCGGUCGGACGCAGAGGGCUGCCUCCGUGGGGAACAGAGCUCGCCGCUACGCCCAUGUCACUACUGUCUGCUCACUUUUAACAGCAGUCACUACUGAUAAUCGCACUCCUGCCACCCCAGAAGUCUGUGCUGAGUCGGUGCUCUGCAUCAACGGACCUCCCCGCAUCCGCCACUCCU